AUGAAACCCAUCCUCACAGCAACCAUCACCACCCUCCUCGCCGCCCUCACCUGCCAAGCCGCACCGAGCUUCAGCUUCCGUAUCGGCUAUCGCGGUAGUACCGAGUACGCCGUCGCGAAACCAGACGCAGAGAACGCCAACGAAACCAUAGCUUUCAGCAGCUUGAACACAUACGGCCUCCAGGGCCUGGAUCAGUGGGAAUCCAGUAACACCAACCAAGGAUUCAUGAUUCGCAAUGUUGCCUUGCGGUCCUAUAUUAGCUGCAGCGGGCAAUCAGCUACCUGCGAUCUUACAGAAGACGAGGGAACAUCCUUUCAAUCAAUCCAGACGACUAAUAUUGAUGGCGUGAACUACUAUCAUCUUUUCGCCACUACUAUUGAAGAUAUUGAUGGGGGCCUGACUUGGGUUCUUGAAGGUGGAGAUUAUCUCCGUAUUGGAGUCUUGGAUGUCAAAAAUGAACGGCAGGAGAUUUCAUUGCAGUAG